AUGGCACAAGCAGGAAAAGCAAAGCAUGAAUACAUCCUUCCAACAAAACAUAUAAGCAAUCCGAUGGUUUUCGGCAAAUUCCAGCGCUCGCAAGGCUACCACACGCUCAUCAAAUUCAUCAGUCGAACGAGCUCAGCAUUGGUGAACACAACGAUGCUCACAGAGCUGGAGAUAUCACCGACGGUGCAGUCCUUGAUUCAAUUACUCGACAGCUUGGACGAAGCGAUUGAUCAAAUUCCUCCGGAAGAACAGAAACCUGGCGCAGUGAGGUUCGGAAAUCCGAGUUAUCGAAAAUGGUUUGAAAGGAUGCACGAAAUUGUAAAAGAAAAAUUGGCCAAUAUUCUUGCCGAUUUUCCAGGAGCUGAUUAUGAAUUGUCUGUUUACCUCUGCGAAUCGUUCGGAAAUGCGACAAGAAUUGACUACGGCACUGGUCACGAGACAAAUUUCAUCGCUUUCUUGUGUUGUUUGGACCUUGUGGGCGCUGUAAACAAAAGCGACGACAGAGCCUUGAUUCUUGCCCUAUUCCAGCGAUAUCUUGUUCUGGUGCGCCGCCUUCAAAUCGACUACAAAAUGGAGCCGGCUGGCAGCCACGGGGUUCACUCGCUAGAUGACUACCAGUUUCUCUGCUUUCUCUACGGCUCAAUUCAGUUGGGCUCUCAAGGAGAUUUGCAACCGGCGGAUUUUCCUAAACCAGAAGUUGUUGAAGCUCAUAAAGAUAAGUACAUGUUUCUUCAAGCAAUCGACUUCAUCAACAAGGUCAAAACCGGACCAUUCUGUGAGCAUAGCUGCACUCUCUGGGGCGUUUCGGGAGUUCUCCUUUGGGACAAAGUAAUCAAUGGCUUCAUGAAAAUGUACAAGGCGGAAGUGCUUGGAAAAUUCCCAGUCAUGCAGCACUUUUACUUUGGCUCUCUCCUUCGCCUGGAACCAAUGACGCACGUGUUCUCUCGUCCAAACUAG